AUGACACGCUACGACGAAGAUGAUGAGGCUUUUUGCCACCACCGUCGUCGGGGAAACAGCCCGAGCAGUUAUCGAGUUGGAAUUGGGGGCGGAGGAAAUGGCGGUCGACACUGGGAAGGUGACAGCCCUCCGGAUCGUGAUGUUCACGGAGAAGGUGGAGGUUUCCGCCCGAUCAACGCUCCUCCAGGUAGAAUCGAUUUUCAGCCGAUGGGUCCUCCUCGCGAUAGUGGAAGUUUUCGGCCGAUGGGUUCUGACGGAGCUAGCGGAAUUCGACCUAGAGGGCCCGUGAUGUUUCCGCCAUCGGAAAGUCCAGAUGAAUGGGGAUUUUCCGGCGGCAGGGUAUUUCCGGCACCGAUCGGUAAAUUAAUGGAGCCUGAUUACUCUGUAAGAUUGACUUCACCGCCGGCCCAGCAGCCUCUUUCGGGUCAGAAAAGAGGGCGUCCUCUCUCGGAGCCUGGCAACUUUACUGGAACUGAUGUUUCUGAUCGUGCUAGUGUUGUCAAGCUUUUUGUUGGCUCAGUACCGAGGACAGCUCUAGAAGAAGAAGUACGUCCCUUGUUCGAACAACAUGGAAAUGUUCUUGAGGUUGCUUUGAUCAAGGACAAGAGAACUGGACAGCAGCAAGGCUGUUGUUUUGUAAAAUAUGCAACUUCUGAAGACGCGGAUAGAGCCAUUAGAGCGUUGCACAAUCAGAUCACUCUUCCUGGGGGAACUGGCCCUGUUCAAGUUCGAUAUGCUGAUGGGGAGAGAGAACGCAUCGAGUUUAAGCUUUUCGUGGGUUCAGUAAACAAGCAAGCCACUGAAAAAGAAAUUGAGGAGAUAUUUUUGCAAUUUGGUCGCGUGGAAGAUGUCUACCUCAUGCGUGAUGAGUAUAGACAGAGUCGUGGAUGUGGGUUUGUUAAAUAUUCAAGUAAAGAGACGGCAAUGGCAGCUAUCAAUGGUCUCAAUGGAACUUAUACGAUGAGAGGUUGCAAUCAGCCAUUGAUUGUUCGGUUUGCUGAUCCAAAGAGGCCUAAACCUGGCGAGUCGAGGGAUGUGGCACCUGCUGUGGGACUUGGUUCAGGGCCUCGUUUUCAAGCUUCAGGACCAAGGCCUACAUCUAACCUUGGUGACCCUAGUGGGGAUGUAAGCCGCACAAACCUGUGGCGUCCACCAAAUUCACCAAACAUUGGCCCACCUAGUAAUACUGGGAUCCGUGGUAUUGGGAGUGACUUUUUCCCUAGACCAGGUCAGACAAAACUGCCUUCAAAUCAGGGCGGUCAAUUGGGUGGUUAUGGUGCUCCUCCCCUUAAUCCUCUUCCAGUUUCUGGAGUUUCAUCAUCUGCCACAUCGCAACAGGUACUUUAG